AUGGCGACGCCUGACUUUGGUCGGCUACCCGAAUUCAGCGGCAGCUCCGGCUCCUGGAGAUCCUGGUAUGGGAGGCUACAGUUCUUCUUCGAGGCUAACGACAUUACGGACGCUUCCAAGAAACGUGCUCAUCUGCUAACGUUAUGCGGGGAAAAGACUUACGACGUCGUCUGCGCCCUCGUUCAACCCAAGCAGCCCAACCAAGUGAGCUACGAUGAUAUAGUCGAGAUGCUCAAGGCGCACUUUGAUCCACAGCCGUCGGAGGUCUUCUGCAGGGCACGCUUCCAACGUCGUGACCAACGGCAUGACGAAACGGUCAGUGAUUACGUAACAGCGCUCAAGAAGCUAGCAGCAGAUUGCAAUUUUGGAACAAGCGUAGACGCUGCGGCGAAUCCAACAAUGCUGCCUCUUGAUGUAAUGCUGCGUGAUGGUUUCGUUUGCGGUCUUCGGAACGAGCAGGUCCAGCAAUGGCUGUUCGCAGAAAAGGACUUGACAUUCAAGAGAGCCUUUGACAUUGCACUGCGAGCUGAAAACGCCGUCGAAGAUCAGAAAAACGUGAAAACGGAAUUCAAAGAGAUUCACGAAGCCUGCACAAGUAUCUGCAAGACAGAAAAUCAACGUCACUCGAGUGCCUCUGCCCAAAGGAAGAAACAACACUGUUGGCGUUGUGACGCGCAGCAUAGUCCGGACACUUGCAAGUUUCAGACAGCUUCCUGCAACUACUGCAAGAAACGCGGACACAUUGAAAAGGCCUGCCUGAAAAAGCGGAAAGAGGCAAGAACAAACAACAACAACAACAUCGAAUGUCCCCGACAAGGAACUUCGACAGUGGCCUCAGCACCAGUCACGACUCAACAGGAUUCACCAGACGUGGCACCUUACGAGCUCAACACCUUAAUCGACGCGUCCAGCACGCAGAAGGUCAUGACUCAACUACGCAUACAUGGCAAGACCUUGGAGUUCGAAGUCGACUCGGGUGCAGCCUGCACACUCAUCAGUGAGGCCACGUUCAAAGCUACGUGGGCAGAUGACCCACCACAGCUUCAAACGGACAACAUUCUCCUACGCACAUGGUCAGGCCAGUGGCUCCGAGUUCUCGGAUGUGCAACGGUGUAUGUAGAGCACAAGAAAAAGAACUUCACAUUACCGCUUGUUGUCAUCAAAGGAGCAGGUUGUAACCUCCUCGGACGAAACUGGUUUCCUCAUCUGGGUAUACAGAUCACGGGCAUCAAUGACGUAUCAGACGACAAACUUGUUUCGAAGCUUCUAGACAAGUACCAGUCUGUGUUCGACGAGGACAUCUCAGGACACGUCGGUCCUGCGGUACAACUUGAACUCGUGGAAGGAGUGAAGCCAAAGUUCCUAAAAGCACGACCAGUUCCUUUCGCGCUGCGGUCAGCUGUAGAAGCUGAAUUGGAUCGACUGCAAAGUCAAGGCAUAAUCGAGCCUGCGCAGCAUUCGGAUUGGGCAACGCCUCUCGUACUUGUUAGAAAGAAAAACGGCUCGUUGCGAAUAUGUGGCGACUACCGUUGCACAGUGAGCCAGGUAUCGAAGAAGGCAGACUACCCACUUCCAACAACAGAUGAAGUCCUUAGCCACUUGAGGGGAGGCAAGGUAUUCAGCACCCUGGAUUUGGCACAAGCUUAUCAGCAACUUCACGUAACGCCAGAGACAGCAGAGAUAUUGACCCUGAACACGCUGAAAGGGCUUUACAAGGUCAAACGAUUGCCUUUCGGAAUCUCUGCAGCUCCAGCCAUUUUUCAACGCUUUAUGGAAACUAUGCUGUCUGGCAUCCCAGGCGUUUGCGCAUAA